AUGCAUUUACCAUCAGGUCCUGACCCAUACACCCUCCACAAAUCUAGUUCGGCACGGUAUAACGGCGAAGACCCUUCGCUCGCAAGGGACCAAUCCAGCACAGACAGUGGAGAUCUGGAGCUGGGCAACGCCCCCCUGCUUCCCUCGGAUUCCCUCGCACACCACGACUCGGAAUUGGACUCGAACUUUGACAUUGAGGAACACUGCCGGAAUACGCGGCGUGAUCCGCCCUUCUCUUGUUCCAGGGCCGGAUUUGUUGCUUGGUGUAAAGGGCCCGACCCGCCCCAUGUUUAUCGCGUGAAUUCUUGGUUUCCCAAGUGGCAGGCUGCACCGGCGCGGCUUGUCGAGCGAGGGCUUCCAAAGGGACCCAUGAAGAUGGCGGCGCUUUUGGGAGGGCUUUUGUUUUGGGUUGUUGUUUUCUUUUCGUUGCUCAAGAUGUCGGUUGCGGAUCAGGAGGUCUUAGGGUAUGGACAACCGGUCAAGCUGUCGUGUCACCAACGCCUGUGGAACAAUGCCACGGACUGCGGCGUCAACGGCGAACUAUGCCUUCCGUUCGAGGACCAGUCUUUCGCCUUUCGCUGCCCGUCCGGCUGUGCAGCUGCAAUUCUCCUAGAACCGUACAAUGUCGGUGAGAGGGAAUAUAACUAUCGACCCCAAGUUAUCGGGGGUGAACCGUCCAGACCGGGCGGUUACACCAGUGGUCUCUACCGCGGUGACUCAUCUAUCUGUGCCUCCGCGCUGCAUGCAGGGCUGAUUAGUGAUGCAAUGGGCGGCUGUGGUAUUCUGCAUCGCCACGUUCAAAAGAGCAACUUCGAGAACGUCACACAAAAUGGCAUCGAGAGCAUCCGAUUCUUGCCUCAUUUCCCAAUGUCGUUCAUGCUCAGCCGCCAGGCAUCGUCGCCUGGGUUGAGCGAGACAAAACUGGCCGAGUGUUCCGACAGUCGCUGGUCCCUCUUUGCAUUCACAUUGGCUGUGACGACUGCCCUGUCAAUGACUGUGAGCUCCGCGUCGGCAUUCUAUAGUGCCAUAUACUUCAUUGUUUGGUUCCAGGUUGCUAUGGCAUCUGACCCACCGACCUCGAGCUUCUAUGACCGGGUUUCCGUUUGUUUUGGCCGAUUCAUACCCGGCGCGUUCGUCGGCUUCGUAUUGUACUACUUCUGCGUGAAGUACACCCUGGGCGGCCUCGACGCGCACGUCGAGAAAACCAUCCUCUGGCUGGGUGGUUGCUGGGUUGGGGCCCUUAACACAGACACCUUCGACCACAUCCCCAUCUCCCGUUUCACGCUUCAUGACAUCCAGCAACAACCCGGCGCCUUCAUCGCCCUUUUAAUCAUCAUCAGUUCCCUUAUCGUAAUCACUUUCGUCCAAGCGUACUGUUUCCGCCGCGAAGGCCGCUUCUUUCCCAUGCUCCGCCUUUACGCCCUCCUCGUCCUAGGCGUCCUCAUCCUCGCCCUCAUUCCCUACAUGAACCUCCGCAUCCACCACGACCUCUUGGCCCUUCUCCUCCUUCCAGGCACAUCGAUGCAAACGCGCGCCAGCCUCCUGUUCCAAGGCAUCCUCGUCGGCCUGUACAUCAACGGCGUCGCCCGCUGGGGCUUCGGCUCCAUCCUCCAGACCCCCGCCUCCCUACUUGACGGCGCCAAACUCGGCACCGCCCCACCGGUAAUCAACCCGCCGCGCAUCGAGCACCAGAACCGGCUCGUGUUUUCCUUCCCUGAUCUCCCGGGGCACGUCGACGGGAUCAGCGUCCUGAUUAACGAUGUCCUUCGCUUCAGGAGCCUUAAGUCAAAUAAUAGCCAGGAUGUGGCCGAAUUUGUUUGGCAUCGGGGAUUUGCGAAUGAGAUUGAGUACUUCCGCUUUGGAUAUGUGCAUGCUCAUGCGCUGGGUGGGGUUUGGUAUGAGGACUUCACCGAGCCUGCGACUUGGGCGGUUGAUGGGAGCUUUUCCUAA